AUGUCUCCGGUACGGGUUGAGGGAUGGAUCGGGAACUUGCGGGUCGAGGCGGAUGCCGGAUUGCUUGACUGGAGUGAUGAGGGGGAAGCAUAUGCCAAUGUUGUGAAGACUUUGAGCAUAGCAAUAGGUCCACACAUAACAAAGAACCACAUUAAGAAUAGAAUGAAGACAUUGCAAGAUCAUUUUGCUGAGACAUAUGACUUAUUUCAUCACUUAAGUGGAUUUUCAUGGAAUCCUGUUACUAGAAAGUUUGAAGCUGAAGAAGAAGAGAAACCACAUGUAGAAAAAUGGAAGAAAAUACAAAUUAAGCAUUAUGAUACUUUGAAGGAGUUGUUCAGAACUGAUAGAGCUACCGGUAAAGGGGCUGCUACUUCACAAGAAAGAAUUCAACAACUUGAUAGAGAUCCCAUUGAUUUGAAUGACUCGUUUGAAAACAUUGAAUUUUCUGACAUAGAUGUUAAUAUAGGACAUGAUACCCCAACAUUUUCUGCUAAUUUAGAUUCACCAAGUGCUCCUCAUAGUCAGCCAAAUCAAUUAGGUGGGACUUCAAUGUCACGAGGAACAAAGCGUAAGUCUCCUAUGAAUGAUUUUUUGGAGGCACAAUAUGAGAAAGUUGCUUUGGGAAUUACUACCAUGGCCGAUGCUGUCAAAGAGGGUAGUUAUCUGUCUAGCAAGCUACAUGACGUGGCUCAGAGGCAUGUUAAAUUGAGAGACAAACUUCUGUGGCUGAGAGGCAAGUUUCGGUUGCCGAAAAACAAGUCUCGUUAA